CACUCUUUGAAGAUCGAAGACAAAAUUAAACUACCCAACUCGCCUCGUAUAACAUUUUACCAGAUUCUUGAAGUUUUUGUUGCAAUUGGAAGGCCGAGAAACGCUGACCGUUGGACAAUGGCUGAUGAGAAAUUGAAUGCUCGGAUGGCCCAACUUUUUGAGCAAACAUUUCAAGAGAAUGGUCCAUCUUCAUCUCCCAACGUCAAGAUCCAAAAGAUUCCCCCUUUCUUGCGGCAAAACACAAACUUUUUUCAGUACUGCUUACCCAAGAUGAUUUCAUUUGGACCCAUCCAUUACCGAAGGAAAACUUUGAAAUUGGGACAAGAAUUCAAAAUUCUAUGGGCGUCUUUCUAUAUUCAAAAUUUAGAAAAGAAACAAGGGUUUAGCAAGGAAGAUACGUUCAAGAAGCUGCAUGAAAAGGUAGAAAAUCACAUUGGUUUACUGAGGAAUCUGUUUAGCGAAGAUGUGACUAGAAGCUACGAUGACGAGGAACUAACUUGGAUGUUGCUAGUGGACGGAUGUGCUUUACUCUAUUACAUAAACAACGUUGACGAUCAGAAUCCAAAUGUAUUGAGGCUAAAGCUUGACCAAUUGAUGUACACUUGGAGAGAUAUUUUGUUGUUGGAAAACCAACUUCCACUAAGGUUGUUGGAGCUACUAGUCCUUAGAGAUGACGUGGCUCACUUGGAGAACAUACUGUACAAUUUCAUAUUCAUGGGACUAGCAAAGCGAGAUCCAUUUAGAAUAAGGGUGAAUAGAGCGAAGGCAAUCCAUCUUCUUGAUUAUAUUCGCUCAUUUCAUACGUCUACUAUCACGGGCGAUGGCAGCAACUGCAAUGAUGAUGACAGCAUUAUUACUCUCUCUCCAAAAGAAGGAGAGUCCUGGGAGAGAUAUAAGAAUAUCAGGGAUCUUAUAAAAGCAGGGAUUAAAGUGAAGGCAAAUGAGACAAACAAAUGGGAAUGGAAUAAAAUCUCUUUCACCUCCUACUGGUUUAGCGGAGAAUUGAGGCUUCCAGUGAUGGUCGUAAAUGAUGCCACGCCUUAUUUCUUUCACAACUUGAUUGCGUAUGAGAUGUCGCCGGAUUUCCCUAACAAUUUCGAAUUCUGCUCCUACUUCUCCAUGAUGGAUUCUUUGAUUGAUGAUGCUGAGGAUGUGAAGGAGCUGAGGUUGGCCGGGGUGCUCCGAAACUUGCUCGGAAGUGAUGAACAAGUGGCCAAACUCUUCAACGAAUUAGGGCACGAAUUGCCGGCUAAAAUGUUCAAUUACAUGGUGAGAACUGAUUUGGUGGCAUACAGCAAAGAAUAUAUUAAAGUGAAGCAUCAGAUCAACAAGCAUUACGGAAAUAAGUGGAAGACUUGGUUGGCUCAAGCACGCAACACUUACUUCAAUACCCCCUGGUCUCUCAUCGCAUUUUUGGCUGCCGUCUUAGCAUUGGCUCUCACUUCUAUUCAAACCUGGUAUGCUAUACAUCCAAAGUCGUAAUACAUUUGAACCAUAUCUAGCUGAUUCUCAGUAAUUAAGCGAGCUUUGCACUUUGAUACAAGAAUGUUAAGAAUUAUUUUUAUAUAUAUUACCUUGCAUUUAAUAAGUCGUGGACUACUCUAGCGAUUGUAUUGUGAGAUGAUCUCUUCUUUGCAUUGCACGUAAGAUUGAUCAAACUAUUCUUGUUACCUUUGCUGCUAGCUCUGGUUUAUAUA